AUGGAAGAAGAUGAUGGCGGCGGUAGUAGCAGCAACAGAGAUGGGCUGAAUAAGCAAAUCCUCAUCCAGUUUGUGAAUCACGAAAACAAAUCGACGGGUCCAGUAAUCAACGUGCCUCUUAGCAUAACAAAGGAUAAUUUGGAUCAACUCAUUAAUGACUUGAAUACAAAAAAUAAUGACAGUUCUAUUCAGGACGAUUAUCAACAGAAUUUGAACUACUCCUUUAUGAUUAAUGACAAAUUAGCAAUAAAAAAUAAUUUGUAUGAAACUAUAAAGGAUAAUGCUAUAAGUAGUGAAGAUAUUUUACGUAUAAAAUAUUUCCCUUUAAAUAUUUUUAAAAUUAAAAGAAUUACAACAUGCAAUUCUACCUUACCUGCUACAGCGGGUAUGGACCAAAAUGUCUUUAUAUACGAAACACACACAGGCAAAUUGGUAAAUAAAUUAAGUGGGCAUAAGAAGGAAGUUACAACGUUAUGCUUUGAGCCCCUUCACUUGCUCAACAGAAGCUCCAUACAGAAAAUUGCUCCUGAUGUGAAAAAGAGGAAAAAGGAAAACGAAACAGAAGGGGAGACAAUAAAUGGGGCCAAAAAGGGGAAAUUCGACGCAGAAACGGAAUUGGAGGCUUCUUCUUAUGGUCCCCCAAAUGGAACGAGCGAAGCGCCAAGUGGGGAAAUUAAACAAAAUAAAGGGGAAAAGGGAGACGAAAGUAACGUGGGGGGUGACCAAUACGACCCAAAUAGUGAUAACCCCGAAGAAGCCCCUCCAAAAGGGGCCUCUCACAAAAGUACCCCUCCAAAAAGCAUCUCUCACAAAAGUACCCCUCCAAAAAGCAUCUCUCACAAAAGUGCCCCUCCAAAAGGGGCCUCUCACAAAAGUGCGUACUUCCUAAAAUGCAGACUUGCCAGCGCAGGCAAAGAUGGCUGCAUCAGAAUCAACAACGUCCUGAACAACUGCGUGGAGAAGGUGCUGACCGGACACACAAACACAAUCACGUGCAUACUAUGGUCUGGCACGGACCAGCAGAAUAGCAGAAUCUAUAGCAGCUCGAGAGAUACUACAAUCAAAGUAUGGAACCCCAACGAAGGUACACUCCUUCAUAAUUUUAAGGGACACAAACACUGGGUUAAUUGCUUAUCUAUAAACACAGAACGGAUAAUCAAAAAUGGCAUUUACAACCUCGACCUUAUCAUAAACAAAAUACACGUAGAAAAUCAUAUCGAAAAAUCAAAAACAAUUUUUAAAAAUUUUUUCCAAAGCGUAAAGAAUGAAAAACUGGUAAGUGGAUCAGACGAUGGGACUCUUUACCUUAUUGAUUGUCUACCAAAUGAUGAAUUCAAAUCCAUCAGAUUAAUAGGUCACCAAAAGACAGUUAUACAUGCACAGUUUUCUCCCGAUGGAAAUUUCAUUGCUUCAUGUUCUUUCGAUAAUACCGUUAGACUGUGGUCCGGAAAUAAUGGUCAAUUUUUAACCGUCUAUCGUGGUCAUGUUGGACCCGUUUACAAAGUCGUUUGGUCCAUUGAUAACAACUACGUUGUUUCGUGUAGCCAAGAUAGCACGUUGAAAUUGUGGAAGGUCAGCCACCUCCUUUCGCAGUUAAAAAAGAAAAAGGUAACUCCCUCAGGUGAAGAAGACGCAACUCUCUCAACUAAUGGGACUGCCAAUGAGAAGGAAGGGAAAAGUGAUUCAAAGCAACAAAAUGGGAAGGACUGCCCUCCUAACGGGAAAAACACCAAAAAGGUGAAAACGCUCCUUGUGGACCUUCCGGGGCACUCAGACGCUGUGUACGCCAUCGACUGGUCUAACGACGGCAAGUAUGUCGCCUCCGGAGGGAAAGACAAGCUUUUGAAGAUAUGGUCCUACUGA